CAGGGGGGUGCUCUGUUUGAUUCUGCAGCCCUUUCCUCCCCACAGAUCCCCACCAAAUUCUCACAGUCCCCACCGGGGCAGCCAUUUCAAGAGGCAGAAGCAGGAAGCUGAAAUUUUUAAUUGGUCUGCUCGAAUACACAAAUAGUGCUCAGAGCUUUUAUUAAAUUGGGAAAACUUGCACCAAGUGUGACCUGGGAUGUUGACUCUAGGUGCGGACUGGUCAGGACUUGCAACAAGCUUGAAUGAGAUAGGCUGAGUGAUUUUGAUGCAAUGUCCGAUUGGCCAAAUGCUAAACAUGGCUUUGGUGAGGAAUUGACUUCAGGAAUCAUCAGGUGAUUUGAUAAAUUCCCCACCUGUCUUGUCCCUGGUGCAUGCAUGGUAAAUUGAAAAUGGUGCGCACCUUUGCUGCGAGAUCGCUGUGUAACGUUAGUACAGUGUGUAAAAUGUCUGUGAUCAUCCGUGAUUUACAAUGUCAUUUUAUAGCAAAUCAUUGAUCGCCACUUUAAAAACACAUGCAAAAUUAUUGUGCACAUUUAUGUGGAGGCUCCUGGGUGUUUGUUUUUUGCAUAAGACUUAAUAAUAUAACACUUGUGACAGCUACCAUGAGUACUCUGGUGAUGAGCCCUGCACCUGCCUAGAUAAAUAGAACACUUUAGUUAGGUUUGGGAAGGCAUUUCUUUGUUCUCUCUCUAAAACAUGCAUCACUGUCCAGCACCAGUCCAAACCACUCCAGUUGACAGUAGCGAUGCUGCAGUGUUUGGGGAAAUGACUCUUCAAUGUGGUGUCUUUUGAGAGGUCCGAGUGUCAUUUGCCGACGUCUCAGUCAGUUUCACCCAGGAGGAGUGGGAGAUCUUGGCAGAAUGGCAGAAGGAGCUGUACUGGGACGUGAUGAGAGAGAACUAUGAGAUACUGGUAUCACUGGGUGGUGAUAUGCCAAAACCUGCCCUCCUGCUGCUGAUGGAGGAAGGGGGAAAGCCCCAUGCAGAGGAGGCCUCUGCCCGGGAGGCCCUGGCCCCCAUGUCCAUGGUUGCUCAAUGCCUGAAUGCAAAUGGAAAGGUGAAACUGGAGGACAGUGAAGUUGAAAUCCAAAUCUCUGAGCAUCUCCCUUUGUCUGUGGAGGAAAGGCCUGUUUCCUGGGGCUCGGAGAACAACGCUUCACCUUUGGGUGGUCAGCUGCACAUGGCCCCCCAGACUGCUCUUGGCGAUGUCGCUGGUAAAGCUCCCGAUGUCCUCAUUAAGUGCAAGACAGAGCCCUUCGGGGAGGUGGAAAUUCCUCCUUCGCAGUGUGACGGCAGUUUGCGAUGGCAGCACCAGGCCGACAGCCCCGCCCCGCAGGAGGCUCGCUGCCGUGCGAAGGAAGAGAUUGAAGGAGAUGGUGGCUAUGGAAUGGGUUUCAGUGCUCAGCAGUACCAGAGCGCCCCCAGAGAAGAGGCAGAGGUGCCUCCAUGCACCAAAUAUGAUGAAAGCUACAGCCCAUGGCUGGGCGCCGCCGGCUGCCAGAGGACUCGUGUGGGAGCGGAUCCAUCCAACGGCAGCGAAGAGCAGAGUGUUGUCAUCUGCAAGACUGAGAUAAUGGAUGACCUCCAGGUUCACGUGGUGGAGGAGCCUUACCCGGGCGAGUCCCCGGCCGGCGAGCAGCAGCGAGAUCAGCAGAGAGAACGGCUCCUGUGGUGCUCCACGUGUGACAGAGACUUCCUGUGCCGCUCAGACCUGGUGAGGCACUGCCAAGUGCACAGCAGCGAGCAGCCGUACCGCUGCAACCGCUGUAGCAAGGGCUUCCGGCGGCGCUCGCACCUCAACGAGCACCUGCGCACGCACACGGGCGAGAAGCCCUUCCGGUGCAGCCUCUGCCCCCAGCGCUUCAGCCGGCGCUCCACCCUCAACAAGCACCAGGAGAUCCAUGCCAAGGAGCGGCCCCGGAGGCACGCCGAGCGCCCCAGGGAGCCAGCCUGGCAGAACGACCUGCCAAAGCCGCGCCGGGUCUGCAAGGUGGACAAGGCCUACCCGAGUGGGAGGGGGCAUGCGACCUUCAGCACGCUGGGGCCCGUGGCCCAGCACAAGAGGACACACGCCAAGGGGAAUCCCUUCUCUUGCGGCGUCUGCAGCAAGAGCUUCAGCACGCGCUGCUACGCCGCCAAGCACGAGCGUGCCCACCUGGAGGCGUGGCCCUACCCCUGCGCCGUGGGCCCCGAGAGCUUCACCGGGCAGCAGGCCCUGGCCAGGUGCCAGCGGGCGCCCAGCAGCGAGAAGCCCUUCCCCUGCGGCUUGUGCGGCCGGUGGUUCCGUCGGCGCUCCCACCUCAGCGACCACCUGCGCACGCACACCGGCGAGAAGCCCUUCCCUUGCCAUCUGUGCCCCAAGCGCUUCACCCGGCGCUCCACCCUCAACAAGCACCAGGAGACCCACACGCGGCCAGGCCUGCGCGCCGCCAGGGACAGGGACCCCCUCCACAAGCUGCCCCGCCACAGUCACCCAGCGGCCAAGCCCUACCCCUGCGGCAGGUGCCACAAGAGCUUUAGCACCCGGGCCUAUGCCCUGCGGCACGAGAGGUCUCACACCGAGGAGAGGCUGGAUCUGCCUGGCGCGGGCGACCAGAGCUUUGGCAGGCAGACUCGCACCGUCAAGCAGGAGACUGGCCCCCAGGGAGAGGAGCCGUGUUGGCCCCAGGGCCACAGGAACGGGGUCUGGUCACAACCACUUGCCUUCAAGGAGAGGCUGUUCCCAGGGGCGAGCGUCCUGGGGCGAGCGCCGGAGCAUCCGCCUGCUCCUGCCAAGGACAAAGCCUACCCCUGCCCCCUCUGCCCCCAGAGUUUCAGGAGCCUGCUGGCUUUGAAGAGGCACCAGCCAAGCCACACAGAGAAGCCCUUCUCCUGCAGCCUGUGCCACAAGCAGUUCCGCCGGCGCUCCUACCUCAGCGUCCACCGGCGGGUGCACCUGGAGAACGGCCCCUACCAGUGCGCCCUCUGCGAGAAACACUUCAUCUUCAAGUGCGACUUCGUCAAGCAUUACGGCUUCCACACGGGCGAGCGGCCCUACCCCUGCAGCCGCUGCGCCCGCAGCUUCCGCAAGCAAUCACACCUCACCGAGCACCUCCGCAUCCACACCGGCGAGAAGCCUUUCCCCUGCGAACUGUGUGACAAGCGCUUUGGCCGCCGCUCCACGCUGACCAAGCACCAGCAGAUCCACACCCGCUGUGCACCCCUCUGCUGCACCGACUGCUAGAAAACCUUCACUGUGGAGCUGGGUGUUUAUCAUGCACCAGAAAAUGCACGGUAGGGCGGCCGCACUCAGUGUGUGACUCCGUUUCCAGAAGCACGGAAUACCUGCAUGGGCCAGUCGCUGAUCUGUAGCCAGCUGCUGCACGGGACAGGGAGUCACUCCAAAGGCCAGCUUUGCUGACUGCCAAAGUGGAGAAGGGCUCUAGUCAAGUGCUGGGUGCCUCCCCCUUAAAAAAUGCGCUAGGGUUAUUCUCAUGACUGCAGUGGACAAAGAAUCGGCAUGGAAAGCUUUGCUUGGAUCAUACAGCAGGCUGGAGGAUAUGUAAAACAUAAGAGAAAUUAUUUAGAUGCAUGCGCUAGUUGUUAUGCCUCUGGGUGAGUCCCCAGCAGUGCGGAUUGAACCUGGGAUAUCUGGAUAUCAACAGGAGCCUCUCUCCUGCUUGGGCUAAAAGACUCAGCUGUUUAGGGCUAAGAACAUAAGAACGGCCAUGCUGGGUCAGACCAGUGGUCCAUAUAGCCCAGUAUCCUGUCUGC